AUGAUUGAUUGGUUAACAAUUUCGAUUGCUUUGAUAAUUAUUAUUACAUUAAUUGGUUUUUUUGGUUUUAUUGCAUGGAAAAUAAAUAUGCCAGAUCCAUUAAUAUCAAUAAAUUCAACAGGAAAAAAAGAUGAUACAAAUCAAUUAUUUGAUUCAAAUAAUGAUAAGAAAAAAAAAGAUAAACAUAAUAAUGAACAAACAAAAAAAAAACGUAAAGAACAAAAAAAAUUAAAACGUGAAAAUAAACCAGAACAAGAAGAAGAAGAAGAAGAAAAAGAAGUAAAUCAUCACCAACAUAAAGUUAAAUUUCAAGAACCAUUUGUACAAACAAGUGAAGAUACAGAUAAUGAAAGAGAAGAAAGUGAACAAGAAUCAUUAAUAUCGACAUCAAUACCACCAAUUAUUACAACAACAUCAAAAGCACGUAAACGUAAUAAAAAUAAAACAACAAUUCAUGUCGAAGGUAUUCUUGUUAAUAAAAAUGAAAAAAGUCCAAUUACAAAUCAAGCUGCACCAAUGCCUCAUCCAAUAUUAGCAACUACAAUACCAAAAGAUGAAGUUGAAUUAGCUAAACAACAUCAUAAAAUUCAUACAAAAUCAUCUCAACAAUCAAAUAAACAAACAGUAGUACCUUCUACUUCUGUAUCAGUUAAAAAAUCAACGAAUGUUAACCAAGGAGGUCAAAAACAUCAACAACAGCAUCAACAACAUGAACAACCAUUUACUACUGUUGUUAAUAAUCGAAAUAAAACUGUAACACCACCAUCACAACAACAACAACAACAAAAUAAAUCAGCUAAUACAACAUUAACAACUGUAGCUACUUCUUCAGUUCAACAACCAACAUCGGUUCAAAUUCAACACGAACAAUUAGCUCAACGUCAACCAACAUCAGUUCAAGUUCAACAAGAACAAUUAGUUCAACAUCAACCAACAUCUGUUCAAGUUCAACAUCAACCAGCAUCUGUUCAAGUUCAACAUGAACAAUUAGCUCAACGUCAACCAAUUCGACAACAACAACAAGAAAUACCAACUCAACUCAAUGGUUUGAAUACAAAUCCAUCAUCUAUAAAACAACCAACUGUUGUUCCACCAAUGAAAAUUGCUGAUCUUGUUAAAACUCUUCCAACAUCACAAACUGUUGUUACUGAACUUAUGUUAGCACUUGAUGCAGUUCCUUUAUCAACUGAUGAAUUAGAUAUUAUUAUGCAUAAAAUUGCUAAUAAACAAUCUGUUAUUAAUAAAGAUUGGUCAAAAUUACAACAUGGUCAAAAAGUUGAUCCACAAGCACAUAUUGGUCAAGUUUUAGAUGAAUCAGCACGAGCAUUUGAAGAAGAUAUGAAAAAUAAUGCUAUGAAACGUAUACAAGAAUUAACUGAUGAACGUAAUACUGAUAAACGUCGAAUAAAUGAUUUAUUAAAAGAAAAAAAUGACAAAGAUAUAGAUAUACAAGUACUUCAUGAACAAUUAAAUGCACUUCAACAUCCACAACAACAAAUUCAUACAUUUCAAGCUGAAUUUAAAAGACUUACAGAUGAAAAUAUACAAUUAAAACAACGAUUAAGUCAACAACAACAUUUUCAACAACAGCAACAUUUUCAACAACAACAACAACAAUUUCCAUCAUUAAAUAUAAUGAAUAAUAGUGGUGAUCCAACAAAUGUUCAACUUCGUGUAUUAAGUGAUCAAACAAAAAAAUUAUCAGUUGAUAAUGCUAAUUUAGAAAAACAACUUAAUGCUAAAGAAUUAAUUAUUUUGGAAGGACAAAAAGAAAAAGACGAAUUGCUUCGUUCAAAUCAACAAUUAGCACAAAAAGUUCAAGAAGUACAAAAACAAAUUCAACUUAAUGAAGAAAAAUUAAUUAAAGAAUUAAAUGAAAAUCGGACAUUACAUAUAAAUCAAUUAAAUGAAUUUAAAUGUCGUAUCGAACAAUUAGAAAUAGAUAAUGAAAAAUUACGACAAGAAAAAAUUCAAUUUGAAUCAUUACAACCAUUAAAAUUAAAUAAUGAAGAACGUGAACAAUAUCAACAAGAAAUAAAUCGAUUAAAACAAGAAUUAAUAGAAGAAAAUGAACAAUAUAAAAAGAAAAUCAAUGAAAUUCAAACACAAUCUCAAUCUCAUGAAAAUGAAUUACGACAAGAAAUCGAACAAUUUAAGAAGAAUAUCGAACAAAUUCAACAAGACCAAACCCGAAAUAAUGAAUUAACAGCUAAAAAUACACAAAUCGAUCAAUUAAAUGUCGAACUCGAAGAAGCUAAAGCUAAAAAUGCACAAAUUGAUCAACUACGAGUAGAACUUGAACAAACUAAAGGUAAAACCGCACAAAUUGAUCAAUUACGAAUAGAACUUGAACAAGCUCAAGCUCAAACUGCUCAAAUUGGUCAAUUACGAAUAGAACUCGAAGAAGCUAAAGGUAAAAAUAUACAAAUUGAUCAACUACGAGCAGAACUUGAACAAACUAAAGCUAAAACUACUCAAAUGGAUCAAUUACAAGCAGAACUUGAACAAGCCAAAGCUCAAACUGCUCAAAUUGAUCAAUUACGAAUAGAACUUGAAGAAGCUAAAGGUAAAAAUAUACAAAUCGAUCAACUACGAGCAGAACUUGAACAAGCUCAAGCUAAAACGACUCAAAUGGAUCAAUUACAAGCAGAACUUGUUCAAGUCACAGCUCAAACUAAUCAAACCGAUCAAUUACGAGUAGAACUUGAACAAGCUAAAGCUAAAAAUAUACAAAUCGAUCAACUACGUGCAGAACUUGAAGAAGUUAAAGCUACAAACGAUGCUUUUAAAUUACAAUCGAAUGAAUAUUUUCAACAUGAACAAGAUAAACUAAAACAAAAUCUUAUUGAACUUCUUGAACAAGAUGUUAGAAAUCAAUUACCAAAUAAUAAUCAAGAUUUCAAUGAAUGGUUUUCAUCAUAUCGAACCGUAUUAACAUCAAACAUCGAAUCAACUAAGCGAAUUUUACAAGAUGAAUCUGCAGCACUUAAAUAUGAAAAUGAUCAACUUCAUAAAAAUAUGCAAGAAGUUGAAAGUCAAUUGAAAGAGAUUGAACAAACAGUACAAACUAAAGAAGAACAUUUACUUGCUAAUUUGAAAAGUAAAGAUGCAACAUUAGGAAGUAUUCUUAGUGAAAAUGAACAAUUAAACGGUGAAUUACAACGUUUACGUUCUGAAAUCAAUCGUUUACAAAUAGCUUAUGAUACAACAGUUGAUGAAACACGUACAUUAAAACUUCAACUUGAAGAACAAUCUCUUCUUAUGGCUAAUACUCCAUCUAUAACUGGUGUAAAAAAUAAUCUCUUAGCUUUUGAUGAAUCACUCGAAUUUAUAAAUCUACAAUCACCACUUGUACCUGAAACUGACUCACGUGUUGAUCAAUUGAAUGAAUUGAUUCGAUCAAGCAAACAAGCUCUCGAGAAUCAAGAUUCUGUUGUUCAACAACUUGAUAAACAUUUGAACGAAAUGCAUCGUAGUGGUACCGGAGAGGUAUCAACAUCAAAUGUCGAUCAAUCAACAGUAUCUUCUUUGUCCGAUCAACAACAAUCCGAAAGUUGA